AUGCUCCGGAUUGCUGCUCGACAAACACGCUCCUGCACACGCUCAACAGCAUUGGGACUGCGAUAUGCGUCUCAGACGAGCAACAAGUCGUUGCGAGAUACAAUGGCAGAAAUCAUUCCUCAGAAACAGGAAAAGCUCAAGAAACUGAGGACAGAACAUGGUCAAGUCGUCUUGGGGGACGUCAAGGUUGAAAAUAUUAUUGGAGGUAUGAGAGGACUCAAAGCCAUGCUUUGGGAAGCCUCGGUUCUCGAUCCCAACGAGGGCAUUCGAUUCCAUGGUCACACAAUUCCCGACUGUCAGAAGCUCUUACCCGCCGCACAAGGGGGCAAGGAGAUAAUCCCUGAAAGCAUGCUAUGGCUUCUGCUCACGGGCGAGAUUCCUUCGGAAGCCCAAGUUCGUGCUCUUUCGAAAGAAUUUGCAGACAAUGGAACGCUCGAUAGCAAAACGGUCAAGCUCAUCGACGAGCUUGAUCCCGCCAUGCAUCCAAUGACUCAAUUCGGCAUUGCAGUCGCAUCAUUGAACACGACAAGCAAAUUUGCCGCCGCGUACGAGAAGGGGAUCAAAAAGACAGAAUACUGGACAUAUGUUCUCGAAGACUCAUUGGACCUUAUUGCCAAGCUUCCUAGCAUCGCUGCCAGAAUCUAUUACAACAUCCGCAAUCCCGGAAAAGCAGGUUCGCCUGAUAGCGCCGCGUCCCUAGCGGUGAACCCCAAGCUUGACCUCGUCGGUAACUAUGUCGAGCAAAUGGGCCUCGGUGGAAAUGACAGCCUGACGGAAUACCUGAGGCUGUACAUUGCCCUUCACGGUGACCACGAGGGUGGCAACGUGUCUGCCCACACUGCUCACCUUGUUGGAUCCGCCUUGAGUGACCCAUAUCUCUCGUACUCCGCCGCAUUGUUCGGUCUUGCCGGUCCACUCCAUGGACUGGCAAACCAAGAAGUCUUGCGCUGGAUCUUGGCUAUGCAAAAGUCUGUCGGUGACAACGCCACGCGCGAGCAGAUUAAAGAAUACCUUUGGUCUACGCUCAACUCUGGCCAAGUAGUGCCGGGGUACGGCCAUGGUGUGUUGCGCAGUCCCGACCCGCGCUUCAACGCUCUUCAGCAGUUCUGUGAUGUUCGACCGGAGUUGAGCUCGAGCCCUGUCAUCAGGCUCGUCAAGCAAGUAUCGGAAAUCGCACCCGGUGUGCUCAAGGAGCAUGGAAAGACAAAGAACCCGUAUCCAAAUGUCGAUGCCACCUCGGGAUGCCUCCUUUAUCACUAUGGCCUGACAGAGUUCAAGUAUUACACCGUCAUCUUCGGUGUCUCUCGAGCAAUCGGGGCGUUGACACAGUUAGUGUGGGACCGUGCCCUUGGACUCCCAAUCGAGCGCCCGAAAUCCCUCUCCAUGGAUGCCAUCGAGAAGCUCAUUCCCAAGUAA